AUGGCGGCCGAAGAUGAGGACUCGCAACAUCAAGCACCAGUCACCAGAUCUCGCCCUGGCUCUGAACCCGCCACCGAUGCUAAUUCUGCCAUGGAUAAGCCACACGUCAACAUUUCGCAAGGGAAACCUCUCGAGAAAGAAGAUGAGAGCUACGGAAGCCCACGACAGCCGUCCAGUCUGGAGCCCUUGGAUCUAGAAACACAAAGCCAAACACACGCGCAAAAUGUGCCCGUUCCCCACCACAUGGACGACGCUCUCGACAAAGAAUCGACCACCCAGAAUGCCGUCUCGCGCCAGAUCUCAGCCCCGCUGGCCGAGUCGCUCUCGCUGGGCCAUGAGAUCCUCUUUGUCGGCAUCAUCUGCACCGCGCAAUUCACCACGCAAGUUGGCUUCGGCCAGGCGCUAUUCAUCCUCCACGACAUCGGACGCAGCUUCCACCUCAGCAACGCCGGUGAACUAAGCUGGCUAGUCGCCGGCUACAGUCUCACGGUCGGGACCUUCAUCCUCGUCAGCGGCCGACUAGGCGACAUGUUCGGGUACAAACGCAUGCUGCUGAUCGGGUACGCCUGGUUCUCGAUCUGGUCCCUCGUGGCCGGCCUGGCCAUCUACGCGGACCACGUGCUGUUCGUGUUUGCGCGCGUCUUGCAGGGCAUCGGGCCGGCGAUCCUAUUGCCCAACGGCGUCGCGCUGCUGGGCGCAAGCUACGCGAACGGCAGUCCCAGGAAGGAUAUGGUGUUUGCGUUAUUCGGAGCAUGCGCGCCAGGUGGGUCCAUCAUCGGUGGUCUCUUCGCCGGCCUCUUCGCCCUAACAUGGUGGCCGUGGGCAUACUUCUCUUUCGCCAUCGUGCUCGCCGCGAUCGCUAUCGUCGCAGCGGUCGUCAUCCCCAACCCUGCGGCGAAGAUCCAAUCCGUUGGGACAUCUGUGCCUGUUCUCUCUCUCCGCGAGAAGAUCAAGCUUCUCGACCUCCCGGGCGCGGUCGUCGGCAUCACAGCCCUGGUCUUGUUCAAUUUUGCGUGGAACCAAGCUCCAAUUGUGGGUUGGCAGAAGGUAUACGUCUACAUCACCAUGCUGGUCGGUAUCCUCUUGGUCCCGCUGUUCUUCUACAUCGAAUUCCGGGUCGCGAAGGCGCCGCUUGUGCCGUUUGACUCCCUCACCGUCGAUGUGGGGUUUGUGCUCGCAUGCAUCAUAUGCGGGUGGUCGUCGUUUGGUAUCUGGGCCCUCUACCUCGUCAACUUCCUUCAAGUGCUCCGCCAGUCGUCGCCUCUUCUUACCGUGGCGUACAUGGCGCCCGUGGCGGUGUCGGGCUUCAUAGCGUCCGUCGUAACGGGCAUUGCCCUGUCGAAGCUCAGGCCACCCAUGGUGAUGGCCCUCGCCCUAGCGUUCUUCACCAUCGGACACAUUCUCAUCGCAACUGCACCGGUCCAUCAAACUUAUUGGGCGCAGACAUUUGUCUGCAUGAUUGUCAUCCCGUGGGGAAUGGACAUGUCGUUCCCUGCCGCGACAAUCAUCCUGUCCAAUGCUGUGCGGAAAGAGCACCAGGGCAUUGCCGCGAGCCUGGUCACCACGAUCGUCAACUACAGUAUAUCCCUUGGCUUGGGCUUCGCAGGGACGGUGGAGGUACAUGUCAACAAUGGCGGUCGUACGUCGGAGGACCUGCUCAAGGGAUACAGAGGAGCGUGGUACGUAGGCAUUGGCUUCGCGGCGAUGGGACUCUGCAUCAGCAUUGUCUUCCUGCUGAAGGGGUACCUGAGGGGAAGCACUAGCAAGUGA